AUGAAAUUCUCUUCCGUCGCCCGCGCUGCGACAGCGCUUCUCGUCUCGAGCGGUUUCGCCAGCGCCGCAUACUCCAUCGCUUCCGACGAUGACAUCAAGGCCACCACAAAAGGUCUCGCCUACGACCUCAUGAGCUUCUACGAUGGCAACUUGACUGGCCACACGCCCGGUAUUUUGCCUGGUCCUCCGCCAGCGGGUGAUUACUACUGGUGGGAAGCUGGUGCCAUGUGGGGAACUAUGAUCGACUACUGGCACUUGACUGGAGAUUCUACCUACAACGACGUUGUCAUGCAGGCCAUGCUUCACCAGGUCGGACCCGACCGUGACUACAUGCCUCCUAAUUACACUGCCUCGCUGGGUAACGAUGACCAAGGAUUCUGGGGCAUGUCUGCCAUGACUGCCGCCGAGGACGGUUUCCCUAACCCACCCGAGGAUGAGGCUCAAUGGCUGGCUCUCGCCCAAGCUGUCUUCAACACCAUGGCCAGUCCCGACAGACACGAUAACACUUGCGGCGGCGGUCUCCGCUGGCAGAUUCCUCUCUCCAACAACGGAUACAACUACAAGAAUAGUAUCGCAAACGGCUGUUUCUUCAACAUUGGUGCCAGACUAGCCCGGUACACCAAGAACCAAACGUAUGCCGAUUGGGCCGAGAAAACCUGGGACUGGAUGACAUCCGUUGGUUUCAUCGAUGCCGACUACAACAUUUACGAUGGUGGUCACGUUGAGCAGAAUUGUACCGAUAUCAACAAGGCCCAGUUCUCUUACAACAACGGCGUUUUCAUCCUCGGCGCUGCCAUGAUGUACAACUACACGGACGGCGCCGACGCGUGGAAGACACGCUUGGACGGUCUUAUCGAAGGAACUUUGAAAAUUUUCUUCCCCAACAACAUUGCAUUCGAGAUUGCUUGCGAGGAGCACAACACCUGCACAACCGAUAUGCUGAGUUUCAAGGGCUACGUCGCUCGAUGGAUGUCGGUCACGACGCAGAUUGCACCCUACACUGCCGACAAAAUUCUCCCAGUUCUCAAGACGUCGGCAGACGCGGCUAUCAAGCAGUGUACAGGGCAGGACAACCAACGGACGUGUGGCUUCAAAUGGAGCUCCGGCGUGUACGACGGCACCAAGGGAGCCGGUCAACAGAUGAACGUGCUCGGCGCCGUGUCAUCUCUGCUCAUCGGCAAUGUCAAGGCACCAGUAACAAACACCACUGGUGGUAUCUCCAAGGGAGACCCCAACGCCGGUAGUCACUCGGACAAUCUACUCGGCACAGAAACGCCAGUCACAACGGCAGAUAAGGCCGGCGCUGGCAUCCUGACCUUCCUGGUUCUGGGAUGUGCGGCCGGCACGUUUGGCUGGAUGAGUUUCGGAGCGUAA